AUGGGUGUACUUGCUGCAAUUCAAGAUGGAAAUAAGAAAGGAUACAAUCUCAGACUAACCGUAACAGAUUUGGAUGGUCACAUUUACUAUGCACAUGGCAAUGUCACAACAGCUGCAAUGCUUCUUGACGCUUUCAAGACUACAAAGAGAGAACAAAUGGUUGACUCCGACUCAGACAUUUUGAAUGCAAUUGAAGGAAUUGCAAGUGUCAAGUUCGAAUGGUACCAACCUAACCCUCAAGCAGUCAGACAACAUGCUGGAUACUUCCCGUUCAUAAAUAAGUCUGACAUUGACUUGACAAGGUAUGGAAUUUACAAUUCAAUUGAAACAAUUGUCAAUGAACCUUGCAUUCUUACAUGUCUCAGGAACUCUGGUCUUGUUACAGAUGAGAAGAUGAAGUAUCUUGAGUCAUGUGUGAAGACAAGGUACAUUCUCAGAGGUCAAUUGGCAAAAAUUGCACCGUUGGCAAAUGUCAAUAUCCGAGUCAACAUACCUACAGCUAAAGGUUCUUCACACGACGACUAUGUUGUUGACAAAGACUUACCAUGGUUGAAGAUUGUAAUUGUCCACAACCACUUCAUGUUGAACGAAAGUCUUACAAACCCAUUGUUCGGAAAAGGCAAGUGCAACAUUGUCAGAGCUGUAAACAUUCUUUUCGAGAAAGGUUUGUUGGAACCAAUUCCAGAUGACAAGCUGACAGAAACUUUUGUACCAAAAGACGAAACAAACUUUUCAUUGUUAGCAAGACCAAAAGUUGUUCCAGACAAAGUUAUAGCACAAAAGAAGUACACUGUUCCAAAAGGAGUUGGAUUGUUCGGAUACCAACCUGAACCAGAAGAACUUCCAAUGAGGUUGCAAGAACUUCAAGAUGCUAUAAACAAACUUCCAUUGAGACAUCCAAUUGACGUCAAAUUGUAUUGGAGAGCAUCUGAGUUAGGUCAGAAGGUUUUAUAUGAAACAGGUUGCUUCGACGAUGUUUAUGAGAUAGCAGGCGAA